UUUUUUUUCAGAAUUGAAGAAAAUCUCCUAAUAGAACUAAAAACUCCGGAAAUUAAAAAUCAAUGUAAAAUUUGUAAACAUGUAUUUAGAACCUCACAAGGUCUAGCAUCACACAGAACUAAAGCACAUAUAAAAAUAUAUCAGUACAAUUGUGAUAAAUGCUAUAAAGGUUUUGAUUCGCAGGAAAACUACAAAAAGCAUCUGGAUCGUCAUUUAGGUGUAAAAGCAUUUAAAUGUCCUCAAUGCGAUAAAGCUUUUGAUUCGACCGGUACUUUAAAUCAACAUUUAAUUUGUCAUUCGAAUGAGACACCUCAUUUGUGUACGAUAUGUGGUAAAAGUUUUAAUCGUGCUGGCAGUUUAAAACAACAUAUACUAAGACAUGGCACUGAAAAAACCUUUAAAUGUUCAUUAUGUCCUAAAAGUUUUAAAUGUCUACCCGAUCAGAUUUCCCAUAUGUAUAAACAUAAUGGUCGACGUUAUGUGUGUAAUAUUUGCGGUGCUAGCUUAUCCACCUCUUCAUCGUUGGCAAGUCAUAAACUAAUACAUACCGGUGAAAGACCCUAUAAAUGUGAUCAAUGUGAUAAAAGCUUUAAUAUUUCAUCUAAUCUGCAUGUUCAUAAAAGAAUACAUACUGGUGAAAAGCCUUAUAGCUGUCCAUAUUGUGAGAAAACUUUUCGCCAAAGUAAUGAUCGUAAUAAACAUGCCACUCGUGUGCAUAGAAAAGAAAUAGCUGAAGCGAAAGCUGCAUCAAAAGUAAAUGAUAAUUUAGAGCAGAAUGUUACGAGUUAGAAGAAAUAAAAGGAUUGACUGAAAUAUUACUUUUGGGUAAGUGAGUGAUUAGAAUGUCUAGCUAGAUAACUAAUAUA